AUGGCUGGUGCAGCCGUGUUGCUUGGUCUUACACCGUCCAUCCUCGCUGCUCUCGGGCCUUCAGUCGAAGAGACGUCCUCGCUCUUUAUUAUCGCGCGACGCCCUCUUCUUGGAAUGUGUCUCGCCGCUGGAACACCUUCUUUAUACCCGUUCCGAACUGUCGACUAUAAAAAGGCGGUCGAGAACUUGCAAGUCAGGAACCCUCAUGCGCGUCUACGACGCUUUACACCUCUCUCCCAGUAUCUAGUGAUGAUCUUUGAAUUCAUUCUCGCCAUUGGGGCCGUCGCAAACAACGCAACAAAUAGUCGUCAGCUAGGCCUGCAAACAAUUUGUGUGUUUGCACCGCAGUUAUGGUACUUGCCAAUAUUGUGGGCAUUCUUAGGCAUUAUUGCUCAUAUGUACUGUUCAUGGGUGCUAUGGGCCCAUAUCAACUGCGAGAGGCCAUACAAGACAUUCAUCAAUUGGCUCAGCAUCCAGUUUACUCCUGUAGCAGAACUAAAGCCGCUGAGAGUCGAGCCCUGCGAAGAAACCCUCUUCUCAGUUGUCGUUUCUUGGUUCGUCUCGUUUAACAUUGUUUGCCAUCUCAUCUUUGGUACCCUUGCUUUUUCAAGCCUGAUAUUCAUCACUGUUAGGGAUGCCGUGACCGUUAUUAGUCGUUAUUUGAUUUCGCUCUUGGUUUGUCGAGCAAUACUCGGGUACGAACUUGGUGUUCUAAGAGCUAAGUACAGGGAGGAACGUUGGCGACCAGAACCAGACCAAGAAUUUCUGGCUUUGCAGACGGAAAGCGAUCUGUCAGAUGGUGCUGUUAAUGUUAUGGUCACGUGA